ACAUACAAUAUUGGUAAAUGUCUGAAACCAUUGGUACAUGUUAUAAAUCAUGUUGUAUUUCAAAACGAUUAGAUGGGAAGUUAGCCAUUGUCACUGGAUCGAACAAUGGUAUCGGAUUAGUGACAGCUGGUGAAUUAGCUCGUCGUGGUGCUCGUGUCAUCAUGGCAUGUCGAAAUAUAGGUAAAGCUGAAGAUGCCAAAAAUAAUUUAUUGGAGAAAUAUGGUGCCAAUAAUCCACAGAGUGUGAACAUUGAUGUAGCGUGUAAACAAGUGAUCUCAUCAUUGAGUCCAAUCUACAGUGAUCAAUUAAUCAUUGAACAACUUGAUUUAGCUUCUCUACAAUCAAUCAGAGAAUUUGCCAGACGUAUAAUAGUCACAUAUCCAGAACUUCAUUUUCUUAUUAACAAUGCUGGUCUUACAGUUGGUAAAUAUGAGAAAACUGUUGAUGGUUUUGAAAUGACAAUGGGUGUUAAUCAUUUUGGAACAUUCCUACUAACGGAAUUAUUAUUACCUUUGAUAAAACGUUCAACUCCAUCUAAAAUCAUUAAUCUUUCAUCAAUGGCACAUUAUAAAGGUCGUUUAAUUAAACCAGAUUUACAGUUAAAAGAGAAUGAAUAUAAUCAGUUAAAUGCAUAUUGUGAUUCAAAGUUAGCCAAUGCAAUACAUGCUGCUGAAUUAGGUGAUAGACUUCAGGACAGUGGAAUAACUGUUGUUAGUGUACACCCUGGUGCUGUAAAAACUGAUCUAGAUAGAGAUAUAAAAAGUGGUGUAAUGAAAUGUUUCAUUAAAGUAAUAAAGCCAUUCUUUAUUGGUCCAUGGAAAGGAGCACAAACUACAUUGUACACAGUGUUGUCAGACAACAUAAUCUCUGGUGGUUACUAUUCAAAUUGUUCAUUGAAAGAACCGUUAACAAUUGUCAAGAAUAAAGAUGAAAGAAAAUGGUUUUGGAACAAAACAUGUGAACUAUUAAGAAUCGAAAAUACAACAUAGACAAUUGUUACUUUUGACAAAAUCAAGAGUUUAUUUCACAUUUCUAAACUAAUGAUUUUGUUGGUAUUUUGGUUUAAAAGUUGAAAAUGCAUAAAACAAUUCCGAUUAUUGAAGUGGACAUGUUAAGGCUAGUUAUGAAUGAAACAAAUAUACACAUACAUGAAUA